UUCAUCUUUCUCGCACUAGGUCACCUCUAUGGCUCGACCGCCAGCGUUCGCUCUCAGAGCAUGUCAAGAGAUCACCGCUGGACCAUCCCGGAUCGUCAGGCAACCAACACCUGCGAAAUGGAUACGUGCCAAGCGGUUCAAAUCGACAGAAACCAAUCCAUCUGGUACAACAUCCUAUGGGAAGCGCUAUGACAUAUCAGACUCCUCGGCCGCUGGCCAGAGUCCUCUCCCCUCCCCAUCUUCAGCUUCCAAGCCCCCUUCUACCCUUGUUCCUUCUAUCCCGCAUGCUCAUCCUGCAUUCACUGAGCUCGCCAAUACGCUCUGUGGGACUUUACCUUGUUUCGGCGCGAGAGGUGAUGAGAUCCACCUGUUGUCCUCCCCUGAAGAGUUCAAGACGCUCCUGCUUGAUAUGAUCAAAAGGGCAAAGAGGAGAAUCCUGAUCAGCAGUCUGUAUAUCGGCGUGGAGGAGACGGAGCUGGUCGAAGCGAUUCGAGAAGCUUUAGAGCGCCGACCGCAACUUCGAGUCACCAUCAUAUUAGAUUAUCAUCGAGCUACACGUCUAUCCAAUUCCGGCAAAUACGCGCCUUCUACUGCUCAUCUCCUCUUACCCCUCCUGGCCAAAUUCGGUGAUCGUUGUGAUGUCUGGCUCUUUCGAAGUCCAAAAUUGAGAGGACUUUUGGAGAAAAUCGUCCCUGAGCGAUACGACGAAGGCUGGGGAACAUGGCACGGGAAAUGGUAUGGCGUGGAUGAUGAAGUUGUGAUCAGCGGGGCGAACCUCGCUGGAUCCUAUUUCACGAAUCGUCAAGAUCGUUAUAUCCACUUUACUUCUCAUCCAUCCCUUCUGUCCUACCUGACGACUCUGACCAGGCUGUUCAGUCAUUACAGCUAUUAUCUCACUGCGUCCCCGCUCCCCUCAGUAUCGAGAAACCAUUUGGUCUCGUUACCCUCCCCGCCUUCCUCCCUACAAUUCUUCGGAUCCGCUUCGCUAGUCUGGCCACAGCCUUCCAUCCAUCCUAGAGGAUUUGGUCGACAUGCUAAAGCGACCCUCACAGCGUUUCAGAGGAACUGGCGGGAAUCCAAUCCCAGUCGACUGAGGCGAGUCGACGUGGACACGUGGUUCUGGCCGGUCAUUCAGGCGGGUGUCUUGGGAAUGAAAGAGGAAGAGACCGCUCUCGGACGAGUAUUCGAUACCGUCAAGACGGCUCAUCAGACGGCGUUGACGGAAGAGUCACCUGCAAGCAAUGAAAAGGGCAAAGGGAAAGAAGGUGUAGCAGUGGAUCUGACGAGCGGAUAUUUUGGCCUAUACAAGGCGUACAAGAGGGCGGUGGUAGAGUCACCAGCUCCGUUCAGGUUGAUCGCGGCUUCUCCAAAGGCGAACGGUUUCUACGGCUCCGCAGGGUUAUCUCGACUCAUACCGGAAGGCUACACACUCUUAGAAAGCCGAUUCUGGGCGGAUUUAGUGUCUCGAGGACGUACCUGGCAAGCAAUAACGAGUCGAGGUGUGAGAUUGCGCGAAUGGGAAAAGGAAGGAUGGACGUACCAUGCCAAAGGGAUCUGGUUGUCACCUGCUGAGCCCAUCGGACAUCCUUUCAUGACGUUUAUCGGGUCGUCAAAUCUAUCUACACGAUCCUUACAGCUCGACACAGAGCUCUCACUCUUGCUAUCUACCAGUUCACCAUCCCUUCGCCGAGCACUAGGCAACGAAGUCAAGUCGCUAGAUAAGCACGCUACUGACGUGAGCGGUGAAACGUGGCAAAGUGAAGAUCGCAGAGUGUCCUUCUUGGCAAAAGUAUUAGUGGCUCUGGGCGUAGAGGGGAUGCUAUGACAUGCGUUGUCCUGAGUCUGGGAGCCUGGGCUUUAUGCAUCCUUGCCCCAUGUGCUGCUUUUUUUGAUUCC